AUGGAGAAAGCUCAAGAGCGCCAGGCGACGCAGGCCAAUAAGAAACAUCAGCCAAUUAACUUCUCGGUGGGAGACAUGGAUACUGGAUGGCCGGGCCAUAAGCUGGGUCACCAGCAAGAGGGACCCUUCCCAAUAGUGCAACAAGUAGGCCAUGCUUUCGAACUCAAGCUGCCGAAGGGCAUAAGAGUGCACCCAAUAUUUUUGCCCAAGAAGCUACGUUUAGCAGCGAUAAAGGAGCCAAUAGAAGGUCAGAUCGCGGAUAAAGGACCAGAGCUCCGCAUCAAUGGUCAGUUGAAAUGGGAAAUCGAGAGAAUUAUUGCUUCACGGAUAUCGCGAAAGAAGCUGCAAUAUCAGAUCGACUGGGUCGGCCGAGACCCAGAUCCAAAAUGGUAUCUAGCCGGAUACCUCAAGAACGCGCCCCUGGCGUUAAAGGCUUUUCAUGACGGCAACCCAAAAGCGGCAGGACCACCGAUCUAG